AUGAAGAAGGCGCUCAUCGUACUCAGCGCCCUCGGCUGGCUCCAAGCCGCCAUGGCCGGCGGCACCGGCGACAGUUCUUGGAAGGGAAAGGACGAUGGCUGGCUUGAGGGCGGCCAUCACGAACGCCCUGGUGGCGGCGUCUGCUGCCACAACGUGCCUUGCCAGCAGGCCAUCGCCGAUGCUUCCAACUUUGAGGGCUACAUCGAGUGUGGUUGGAACCUUGGAACCUUGCCAAGAAAGUCUAUGAGCCCAGAGCACCACCUCCACCGUGGAAACUCGCAUCCUGGGCACCAUUACCGAAAUCUUUUGUUCCAGACCGUCGCAACCUCAACCUCGGUGGUUUCCUCCACCACCACCCUCACCAUCACCCUGGAAGAUGGCGACGGGAAGAAGAAGCGCGACACCGGCGAGGCGGCCAAUCCCACCGGCGGCGGCACCGGAGGCCAAGUCCCCGACUACGCUGCCGAGGCGUGCGGAUCCUGGGAAAAGUACCUCCUCGGCUGCAAGUGCCUCGGUGCCGAGCCCUCUACCAUCACCCUCUACUCGCCCACCUACACCACCGUCGUCACCUCCACCUCCGUCCUGACCGUCUCCCGAGUUCUAGUGGACUACAAAACUGUCACCACCACGAAACCCAUAACUGCUGUCGUCACCUCCACCACGAUCGCCACCGUGACUACUACAGUGAUCCCCGAUCCGGUCGAAAAUAAUAACGACGAUGGCGCUGCUGAUGAUGCUGCCCCCACUUUCUAA